UUCGAAACAUUUCUGGGUCAUUUGAAAAUGUAAAUAUUCAGAAUUUCAGUAAAACAAAACACACAAAUUAACGAACAUCGGUAGAAAUCUCCCAAUCCCAUACAUAAUGUUGUCCCCAAGGAAAGUUGAUGGCCGUUGGGGCUCCCCUCCUGGGAACGAUGCCAAGUAUAUGCAACAUCGACCAUCAAAGGCGAAGGACUCUAAGAGGGAUACACUGAAGGAAAAAUCGGGGAGUAUUAAGCCAAAAAGUAGUUCUACGAGCAAGAGUGGCAGUCGCAGGAAUACGAUGACACAGAAACCGCAACAAACCAACGAGAAAGAUGCGGAGAAGAAUAACAAACAGCCGGAGAAAUCGCGCAAGGAGGCGGUCUACGAUGCCAAGAUGAAUCUCCUGUUCAAUGAUUUCUUUGUGAUGCUCGACAGCAGCCCCCUGCCAGAGGAGGCAUUCGACAUCAAAUCGCAGGAGUAUAGAUACGCGUCGCAGUGGAUCAAUAAACUGAUGACCAUGAAGUGCGGCACGCUGCUCGAGGGGCGCAUCCGCAACGCCUACAUGAGUGCACUGAGUGUGUGUUUCAAUCAGAAGCGCCUCUACGGUAUCUUCGACCAGAUGCCCCCUGAUGAGCUCGAGUGGAUUGACUUUGCGGACACCUCGCAUCAUGGGUCGUUGGUGCAGGAGACGGUCGCGAACUGUGCCAUGCAGGUCACGUCGAAGAUGAUGCAACAGUUUGCCUCGAUGGGUGGACCACAUCGAUCCUUUGAUCCGUUUAGGGGCUUGCCGCAGCAUCUUAUCGAGCAUACAAGGGGAUUGGGUCGCCCUCAGUUCGUUGGGGAGCAGCGCCAGCAACAGGAACAACAGUUCCAGGCCCAGCUCCAAGUACAGGCUGAAUCUCUACGACUCGUGGAACAGACGCAAACAUUCUACGAUCCUUUGACCUUUCCGGCACCGCCCCAUGCGGCCGAACAGUCGGGUCCACACCAAAGACCCUCGCAAGUAAAAUUCGACACCUUCGGGUCACCCCCGCGCUUCAUUGCGGGCAAUGUAGAAGGAAGACAGUUCAACCCGUCAGGGCAGACAAUUGAGGAUUUGGGCAAUGCCUUCAAAGAGUCUCCUUCGUCUUCUGCUGCGCCCAAACGUUCCAUUCUGAAGCGGAGAUCCAGCACCGGCACGAUGGUCUCGCGCCAUCGUGCCAAACCAACACAUCCCAAGGCAGCCGUGUCCUUCAAUGAGAAGAAAUACUUUGACGAUGAAAUUUGGACUAAAAGUCCAAUACACUCCUACAGAAUGGAAUUCGCAAAGGCGGCCUCAUCAUCUAAAUAUAAAAGUGCAUCGAAUGCUACGAAAAUGAAAUUUAGUCCAGGUCCCAGAGAAGAUGAGGAUGCUGAUGGGGAGGGAAGCGAGGACUUUCCCGUGGAGCAGGCGAUCAAAGGAUCAAUGCAGGAAGAGCACGGGUUCAAGAAAUCAAGCCAGAAGGCGCACCAGCAGCCCACCAUGCGCCAGAAAUCUCAAGGCACCCAGACGAAACUGUCGCGGUCCUCGGACAUGAGCUUCCUCAUGAAGUGCAUUCAUCGCGAGCUGAGCGGUGAGACAUCCGAGGGAGCAGACGCCUAUAUGGAGAGUGAACUUGUGAACUACAGGCAAUUUGUCAGCCAACACAGAUGCAACGAUGCCGAAUUCAAGAAGAAAAUGAACAGGGGAGAUCCCAUUGCGGAAAGGAUAUAUCUGUUGAUCAAUAUGCAAGCGGAUUUGACCAAAUUGAUGUCCCUUGAACGGAGAGAAAUUUACAAGGAUUAA